CUCAAGAAGCACGCUGAAGCCGAAACCUUCCGGCAGCGGCUUACUCGGAUUCUUUUUCACUCGCUGCUCCUCCGCAGAGGGGUCCUCGAGCCCAUGGCCGCCGACGACGCCAAGGUCCUCGGCUUGAUGGCGGCGGCGCUGCUCUGCCUCAUGCUGCCACUGGACCUCCCCCAGGCGAUCUUCGUCCUGCUCGGGGGAGGGGUCUAUGUGCUUCUGCAGCUGACCUCGGUACGGCUUCCGCUGCAGCACCACAAGUCGGCGACGAAGGUCGAAUCGCCACGGCGGGCGAGAUCACUCUCGGCGCCAGUUGUGCAGGCUCCCACGGUCAGGCAGCCCGCGCAGCCAUCGCCGAGCUGUGCAGCCGGGCCCGUGCCCACCGUCAAGCCGAUCGUGAGGCCGGCGCUGAUGUCCGUUGGCUUCGCAGCGCAGGUGGACGAGUUCUUGGGCCAGAUCACGCCCACGAGCCAUGACGACCAGGUCGCACACGAUAUCGCCUGCAUGGUGCAGAAGUUGGUUCGAAAGAAGAUCCCCGGCGCGCGCGCCGUCGGCAUCGCGAACGGCAGAGUCGGCGGCGGGACGGCCUUCGGGGUGGCCGUCCCCGAGGUGGAGAUUGCGGUCGCCGUGGACGAGGAAGCCCUGCGGCGCGCCGUGGGCGGCGGCGCGCUGGACCCCGCCGCGGGCGACGCCGUCGAGCGGCUCCGCCGGCGUCAGAAGGCGGCCCUCCGCUUCUGCACCCAGGAGCUGGUCUCGAGCGGGGCAUUUCGCUUCCGCAGGUCGUCGUUCCGCAGCGCGGAGCCGAAGGUCACCCUCGUGACGCCGACCGCCCUGGGAGUCUGCGACCAGGCGGUCCCCGUGGACGUCUUCGUGAACUCGGACACCCCGACGAACCACGCCGCCCUGCUGCUGGAGUGCGGGCGGAUCGACCCCCGGGCGGCCGGCCUGGCGCUGCUCGUGCGGCGCUGGGCGAAAGACCGCGGGAUCUGCCACGUCGCGCGCGGCCACAUGCCGCCCUAUGCGUGGACGCUGAUGG